AUGAAUGUACUUCAAAGAACUCUUGAGACUGGCAGGUUCAACGAGCCACCAACACGCCUUGGAUCAAGGACGAAGCAUAUGUCUAGCGUACAUGGCCGAAAUGCAGACACAGUCAGUACGAAAGCCAACGAAAAACACGUGAAGAUGCCCUGCAAGAUUGAAGAUAACGAGAUACCACUUACAUCAGCUCAUGAUUACUUCUGCUUGAAGCUCGGAAACCUGCCAGCAGUAGGGGUGGACACAUCACAGGGGGGUAGUAGUUUUGGAAGAGAUGCCACGUUCUUUCAAGCCGUGCCAGGCGAGUAUACACUCCUCGAUGUGUGUCACAGCUCACGCACUGCCUUCACUCAACUAACUAUGGAUCGGUUCUUCGACCUUGAUUCUCUCUGCCGUGCCGUUCCGACACAGGGUCAAGCAAAAGUUGUAAAGAUGAAUGCAUCUGCUACCAAUAUCGAGCAUGCUGAAUGGCGAGAGCCCCCUAACUGGAGAUAUCAAAGCUCAAAAGCACCUUCACCUUUUGCCUGCACCUUUUGGUUGUCCAUAUCAGCUUUUGCCAAAGACCUCCGCAAAUGCUUAGAUCAUUGCACCUGCGUAUUAGGUGGCGCAAUGGUUCUACCCUAUCUCACAGUUGACUUUCGAGAAGAACAUGAGCGGAUUGAUGAAACAAGACAACGCGCCGCCUGCAUAGCCGUUCACACUCUCUUCAAUCGGUGCCACCUGUACAUGAGGACUCACAAAGGGAUUCCAGCAGCUGCCGGGAAACGAGACUACCCAUUCUGCUCUCAUUUCAUGAUAAUAUUCGACAAUGCCAGGUACGAGGGUUGGGAGAUCGCCGCAGACACAGACGGUGAAUGGACCGACGAGACCUGUAUGAUGAAACGUAUCUUCCUUUCAACGCUGUAUACAGCGGAAAGUGUCGAAGACCUGUAUACGUGGAUUUGUGAGAUACACUGUUGGGGUGCGACAAAGUAUGGGCCGGCCUGUAUGGAAGAGAUUAGAACAUUUUUGAUGCCAUCAAGCCUGAAGCAAACUUCAAAGGGUGAACUGAUUGCGGAAGAGAAUCAGCAAGGAACUAAACUGGAAAACGAGCUCUCGACCCUGACCUGA